GUCCGCGUGUAGGAGUGUUUUGGUUCCCCACUCCCAGUUCUCUACCCCACCCCUGCAGCUGGUCCCCGGCUCCUUUGCUAGACCAGCCAGUGGGACUGUCCGGGAAUUCAGGGACUUGAGAGGGGCAAGCCGCUGUUCCUCCUCCCCAGGGGCCAUCCCCCCUCACGCACACUCCCCUACCACACACACCCAGCACUCGGCCGCUCCACGCGCAGAUCCCUGCCCUUCUCCCGCUACGGGCCGAGCUGCCAGCCCCUUCCCUUGCUCUCGCACCCCCGCCCGCCGCCGAGGCUCCAGAUGGCGGCUCCUCGCGCUCGGCUCGCGGCCCCCAGACACCGCCCGGCAGCAGCCGGCGGUCGCUCCCUCCCUGCCAGCUGCUGCAGCGGAGACCCGGCCGCUCUGCGAGGAGAGCGGGCUCCUCCGCAGGCUCGGAUUAGGGCGGAAGCUGGGCCGCCCAGGGGCAAGCAGGAGGCGUGAUCUCAGGGAAGGAGCCCUGCAGGCCCCAGGUGAGGAAGCCGCGGGGGAGCAGGGUGGGAAGCGGGGAGCUUGGCCGUUCCGGCACCACCCUCGAACCCCUACUCCACCCCUGCCCUUCCUCCCCGCACCACCACCACCUCCCCGUCGCCGCGGGCAGAGCAGUCGCUGGUCAGGAACACCCGCGGGACAGCACAGAGCGGCCGCGCAGCCGCCAGGAGGGGGCGCCCAGCACCCUGGUGCCGGGCCGGAGGGCGUCUCUGCCUAGGCAUCCUCCCCAGCCCAGUGGAAGACUGUCUCGGCCAGAAAGGUGCCCCCUUCUGCCGGAAAGCGGUGCCUCCCUGUAUGCCCAAAAAAGCAGCUCUGAGAAUGGCGGCUCGCGGGGGUUGAGGUCAUUCUCUCCAGGCCCGGCGACUCUGAUUUGGGGCAAAAUCCUUCCCCGGCCUCCUAGGACUACAGGCGCCGGCGAGGGAAGGUGCUCAGUGCCUCGCUCGCCGCCCCACUGGGUUCCCGAGGGAGGUCUCCGAGCUGAGCUGCGAGAGGAUCAAACUAACACGGAGUAGAGAACUGAACAGCGAAAAAGAAUCCCGAGAUCUCCUGAAGAAAAUACGUUGCGGCCCUUACGGAAGGAGUCAACUUUCAGGCUGUUAAAGACCUCAAGUCAUUAGUAUCAGCUGCUGCACUAAAGGGGCAGGCCAGCGCCUCUGAGUGGCUUAGCGCACAAACGAGGCUCCCGAGACCGCCGCGGCAACUCCAUCCACUCUCCCACCACCGGCCGACGGGAAAGGCUCUCCGGAGCCCAUCACGGCAGAGCCUACAAGACAGCAACACCAACACCUCUUGACAUGGAAAUACAGUGAUACAAUAGGCAAAAGAAGCACUCGAUUGCAUCUCCUGAUUUCAGGUGGCCUUAUUUGGGCAAUUCGAUCCUGAUCUUAUUCCUGUGAUGGAGGAUUCCAGCAUCCAGCGAGGCAUCUGGGAUGGAGAUGCUAAGGCUGUCCAACAAUGUCUGACAGAUAUUUUUACCAGCGUGUACACCACCUGUGACAUCCCUGAGAAUGCUAUAUUCGGUCCCUGCGUCCUGAGCCAUACUUCCCUGUACGACAGCAUAGCUUUUAUAGCCCUCAAGUCCACUGACAAGAGAACAGUCCCUUAUAUCUUCCGGGUAGACACCUCAGCGGCAAAUGGUUCCUCAGAAGGUCUCAUGUGGCUGCGUCUGGUCCAAUCAGCCAGAGAUAAGGAAGAGCAGAACCUUGAAGCCUAUAUAAAAAAUGGACAGCUGUUUUACCGCUCUCUCCGCAGGAUUGCCAAAGACGAGGAGUUACUAGUUUGGUACGGGAAAGAACUGACUGAGUUACUCUUGCUCUGCCCCUCUAGAUCCCACAGCAAAAUGAAUGCAGGGUCGUCCCCUUACACAUGCCUGGAAUGCAGCCAACGUUUCCAGUUUGAGUUCCCCUAUGUGGCGCAUCUGCGCUUCCGCUGCCCCAAGAGACUUCACAGCGCAGAUAUGAGCCCCCAAGACGAGCAAGGCGGCGGCGUGGGUACCAAGGAUCACGGGGGCGGCGGCGGUGGCAAGGACCAGCAGCAGCAGCAACAGGAGGCACCCUUGGGUCCGGGCCCCAAGUUCUGCAAAGCCGGCCCCAUCCACCACUACCCGGCCCCCUCUCCUGAGGGCAGUACCCCGCCUGCGGCUGGCGGCGGCAACAGCGCGAAGCCAUCCACGAACUUUCACAACCUGGCCCGGGAGCUGGAGAACUCCGGGGGAGGCAGCAGCUGCUCCCCGGUGCGGAGCCUCGGCGGCGGCCCGGGCGGCGGCGGCCACCAGGAGGCGGAGCUGAGUCCCGACGGCAACGCCUGCGGCGGCGGCAAAGGGAAGAGGAAGUUCCCGGACGAGGCGGCGGAGGGCGGCGGCGGCGGCGCGGGGCUGCUGGGCAGCCGGGGCCGCUUCGCGGAGCGGCCCCUGCCCGCCUCCAAGGAGGACCUGGUGUGCACCCCGCAGCAGUACCGCGCCUCGGGCAGCUACUUCGGCCUGGAAGAGAACGGCCGCCUCUUCGCGCCGCCCAGCCCCGAGACCGGCGAGGCCAAGCGCAGCGCCUUCGUGGAGGUCAAGAAGGCGGCCCGAGCGGCCGGGCUGCAGGAGGAGGCCGCCGCCGACGGCGGGGGCGCGGCCACCGAGGACCAGGACGCGGGCGGCGGCGGCGGCUCCUCCACGCCAGUGGCCGCGUCGCCGGCAGGCGCCGAGAAGCUGCUGGCCCCGCGGCCUGGGGGCCCGCUGCCCGGCCGGCUGGAGAGCGGCAGCCCGGCGCGGAGCAGCGCCUUCACCUCGGUGCCGCAGCUGGGCGGCGGGGGCGGCGGCGGCGCGGGGGCCGGCGGGGGCGCGGGGGCCACGGGCGGGGCGGGCGGCGGCCAGGGCGCGGCGGCGGACGAGCGCAAGAGCGCCUUCUCGCAGCCGGCGCGCUCCUUCGCGCAGCUGUCCCCGCUCGUGCUGGGCCAGAAGCUGAGCGCGCUCGAGCCGUGCCACCCCGGCGACGGCGUGGGCCCCACCAGACUUUACCCCGCCGCCGGCGACCCUCUGGCCGUGAAGCUCCAGGGCGCCGCGGAUCUGAACGGAGGCUGCGGGGCCCUGCCGAGCGGCGGCGGCGGCGGCGGCCUUCCCAAGCAGAGCCCCUUCCUCUACGCCACCGCCUUCUGGCCCAAGAGCUCCGCGGCGGCGGCGGCGGCGGCGGCGGCGGCAGCCGGGCCCCUGCAGCUGCAGCUGCCCUCGGCGCUCACGCUGCUGCCGCCCUCCUUCACCUCGCUGUGUCUGCCCGCGCAGAACUGGUGCGCCAAGUGCAAUGCCUCCUUCCGCAUGACCUCCGACCUGGUGUACCACAUGAGGUCGCACCACAAAAAGGAGUACGCCAUGGAGCCCUUGGUGAAGCGGCGGCGGGAGGAAAAACUCAAGUGCCCCAUUUGCAACGAGUCCUUCAGGGAACGCCACCACCUCUCCAGGCACAUGACCUCGCAUAACUGACACGGAAAGGACCCCAGCUUUCCACGCGCGCGCACGCACAGUCAAGCCACCUGCAGGAAUAAACAUGCGAGGACAUCCACCACCUCCUUGUUACUGAAACUUUGCACCCCAGAGACAGACAGACACACUCGCACACGUGCUUCCCCCCCAGCCUCCUCAUUCAAAUGUUUACCGGAGACCUACACACACACACACAUACACACGCCCGCACACACGAGACAGGAUGGUGGAUUUUCGAUUGAGUGGGUUGUUUGAGGGGUUUUCUUUUGAAUGCACGCAUUUUCACUUUCCCAAAAACAAAGGUACAUUUUUAAAAAUGUCAUAUAUUGCAACAUAUUGAUGCAUUUGUCAUACGUUUCUACUUAAAUUAUUAAGCACUUACGGUUUAGAUGUAAUAAUUAUAUGUAAGGGCAAAAUUUAUUUUAGAUAUAAAGGAGGAGCCUGAGAUGCUUUCUGCAUUUCUCGAUGACGGUUUGUGUUCUUACAAAAAUAAACAAAACUAAUAAAAAGGGGGUCACCAUUCAAUUUAAGUUUCCAGGGGAAAGUGCAUGUAUCAUGAAAUGAUUAUGGACUUCAAUGAAGAAUGUCAUCAGUAUGUAAAUAUGUAUUUCCUUUUAAUACAAAGUGUAAUUUUGUGCCAGUGAAAUGGAGUCUGAAUAGUUAUGUGUUUCUUUUAUCCCUGGAAAGAUUUAUUAAACUUUAUAGAUUAUCCCAGUAUGUUGGAUGCUUUGACAAUAAAUGACUAUUUUCU